UAUCGCAUGAAUAGCCUGCAAAUAAAGUGCUGUAGUUACGGUAAAGUUUUAAGGUCAGGGGUGAAAGGUUGUGACCUUAUUUAUGGCGCGCAUUGCAGGCACGGGCAAGUUUCUUGGCAAGUAAUUUUUGGCGGUUUUGCAAUAAAAUACGGAUGGAAAACUGAGUCCUUAACAGAAUGGACAUUCGGCGCUUCUUUGGAGCAGCGCCUGGCGCCACAAAGACCAAACCUGUACAGAAGACGGCAUCUUCAGCAAAGGAAAAAGGUGGCGUGAAGAAGAGUAGUCAAACCAAGCGGAAAGCAGCAGUGAUUUACGACUCAGAUUCAGAUGAAGAAGUGCCGCCUGUCAAACAACAGAAAACUGCAGCAGCAAAAUCAGCAAAACCCAACAAAACAGAAGUAAAGUCACCCCCCAGUAGAAAGCAGUUUGACCCCAAACCAGUGUUAAAGCCAACCUCCGCUGCAGACUUCUUUGGCGCGGCGUCACCAACUCACAGAGUCAGUAGGACAACAGUGGUCGCCAAAAAGAGAAGUGGACAUGAUGCAGGCAAGGCAAAUGAUGUUGACUCAGAAGCUGACAAGGAGCUUCACGAUGACGAAGCGUUUAUGGAAACGCUGGCAGAACUUGACAAGAGUCGGAAGAAAUCAGCAACUAUGUCAAUUUCCCCUGACAACAAGAAGAAAGAAAACGGAACACAUGAGAAAAAACCAACCAAAACAAGAGUAGAUCAAACCAGUCCCAAGAAGACGAGAGAAAAAUCUCCGACCUCUAGCGCAAGCCCCAAGAAAGCCAGCCCUCAGAAGAGCAAGUACUUUGACAAGACUGAGGAUCAGAAGAUGAAGAAAAAAAUCAAACUAGAGUCACAGGAUAAGGAUGAAGCCAAACCAGAUCAACCAAAAAAAGCAAAGAAACCUUCACCAGUGAAGACCAAGACUGAGAAGACUCCUUCACCUAAGAAGUCGCCAGCGAAAGACUCCAACCAAGACGCUGAGAAGAAACCCGCGCGAGGAGCGUACAGAGCUUACUUAACCCGCGAAGGCCCGAGGGCGCUGGGGACUAAGGAGAUUCCACAGGGAGAAGAAAACUGCUUAGGAGGUUUGACCUUUGUGCUGACGGGAAUCCUGGAGUCGAUGGAACGUCACGAGGCCAAGGAACUGGUAGAGAGGUACGGAGGGAAAGUCACGUCUUCAGUCAGCAAGAGAACCAGUUACGUGGUGGUGGGGAGGGACGCUGGGGAGAGUAAACUGGACAAGGUUUCUCAGCUUGGUCUCAAAACCUUAGAUGAAGACGGGCUGUUGGAAUUAGUAAAGACCCUACCAGGGAAGCCGUAUGACCUUCCUCCUGAGGCAACAAGCAAGAGCAAAAAGUCUCCACCAAAGAAAAGUCCAAACAAGCCAGAGCCUGCAGCCACAACUAGGAAGCCAGUGGCCUCUAGUAGCCGUGUCGAAAGCCCGAAGAAGCCUGCUGCAAGUCUAACAACAACAGAUAGCCCGGAACCCAGCCUCCUGUGGGUGGAUAAGUACAAGCCUCAGACGACCAAGGCCAUCAUUGGUCAGCAGGGGGACCGCAGUAACGUGAAGAAACUGCUGAAGUGGCUACAGGCGUGGCCAAAGCAUCAUUCAGGAAGGCAAGUUAAGGAGGAUGGUUCUGGUUUCCGGGCGGCGCUACUGUCCGGACCCCCUGGGGUGGGGAAAACAACAGCGGCAACCCUCUGUUGUCAGGAGCUGGGUUUUACCUACAUUGAGCUCAACGCUAGCGACACCCGCAGCAAACGUAGCCUACAGGAGGAGGUUUCCGAGGCUCUCACCACACGGAGUAUCGUGGGCUUCCAGAAACAAGAGGACGCCGGUACCAUGCGUCAGGCAGUGAUUAUGGACGAGGUGGACGGCAUGGCAGGAAACGAGGACCGUGGCGGGAUCGCAGAGCUCAUCAACCUGAUCAAACACACGAAGGUGCCGAUCGUCUGCAUGUGCAACGACAGGUCACACCAGAAGAUGCGCUCGCUCGUCAACUACUGCUUCGACCUGCGGUUCCAGAGGCCGCGCGUGGAACAAAUUAGGGCUGCCAUGAUGAGUAUGGCCUUCAAGGAAGGACUGAAGAUUCCUCCCCCGGCUCUUAAUCAGAUCAUCGAGGCGACCAAUCACGACGUCCGACAGGUCAUCCACCAGCUGUACAUGUGGAGUGUGCAGGACAAGGCGCUGACCUUUGACCAGGCCAAGGAGGCCUCCAAACAGGCGCAGAAGGACAUCAAACAGGGUCCUUUUGAAGUGACCAGGAAGGUGUUCAGCUCAGGCGAGGACACAGCGAGGAUGACCAUCAUGGACAAGAGUGACCUGUUCUUCAAUGACUACAGCAUGAUGCCACUGUUUGUCCAGGAAAACUACCCAAACGUUCUGCCAAAUGCUGCCAGGAAUAAUAUGAAGAAGCAGUUGUCUCUACUCAGUCAAACUGCUGACAGCAUCUGUGAUGGAGACCUUGUAGACAAACUCAUCCGAAGUCGGCAGUCGUGGGGACUCCUACCAACUCAGGCCAUCUAUGCCUCUGUGCUGCCGGGUGAGUACAUGCGAGGUCACCUCAGCGGGAUGAUCAGCUUCCCCGGCUGGCUGGGACAGUUCUCCAAACAGAACCGACUGAGAAGACUCCUGCAGGAGCUACACAUGCACAUGCACCUCAGAACGUCUUGUACCAAGAAGAGCCUGCAGGAAGACUACCUCGAUCCACUUCGGAGGAGAAUUUUAAACCUCCUGGUCACACAGGAGACAGAGGGUGUGCCAGAAGCUGUGGAGCUCCUGUCAGCCUAUGACCUAAUGAGGGAAGACUAUGAUGGUAUGCUGGAGUUGACAGAGUUCAAGGGUCGUCCUAACCUCGCUGAGAAAGUCAAUAGUAAGGUAAAAUCAGCCUUCACACGUGCCUACAACAAGGAGGCCCACAUGCAGCCUUACUCCACAAGUGCUGCUCCCAAGAAAAAGCGAGGAGGGGCAGCAAACAGCAUGGACAUGGAGGAUGGUGGGGAGGGCCAAGGGGAAAAGUGACAGUGAGAAGGGGAAGGGGCGAGGCAAGGGGAGGGGGAAGAAGUCCUCUUGAGUCUCAUAAUGUACAGCAAGUACAAACUAUAGACAGCAUUAGAGUAAAGCUAACCUUCGUCAAGGCAGAAUAGCUCUUUGUGGCUGGUAACCCAUGCCCUAAGUGUUCAGCAGUAACCUGCAGCUGCAUUACAGAAGGAAGUUUCUUCAUCUGUAGUGUAAAAGGUUUAUUAUGACCUGUCCUCAAAUAUAUCUAACCAGAGAGUGGAUAUAUCAGAGAAAAGCAUUCUAUCAGAUACCAACUAGUUGAGCCUUGACCUAAAUGUACAAUGUUUUGAAAAGUCAUCUUGUGAUUACAGAGUUACAUGAUACUACACAAUGGACAAUAACACAACACACAUACACUGUACGUCAUGCUAUACUGUGUACUGUACAAGUCAAUACACCUUUCUCACGCGGCGGCCGUGAUAGAUCUAAAACGAGUUCAAUGAGGCAAACAAAAGACUGUCCAUCAUAAUUAGCAGUUCAACUAAUGAUGGCCUGGCAAUUAGGAAAACGACCAAUAAGAGAAUGGCUGCAUGUCCGUCAAAUAUUUGCAUUAUUAUGUUUUUAUUUUGCAUCUCUUAGGGACGAUGGGAUCAGUCUUCGCUACUCUAAAGUGCUACAUCUUUCGGUGCAUAGCACUAGUUAUAAUAUUUAUCAUUUGAUCUUAUAUUGUGAAAAUUUGUGUGGUUUGGGGGGAAACUAAAUGGGAGCUUAUUUCAGAAAUAAGUUUUGUCUGUUUGCCUCAUUGACCUCGUCUUCGAUCUAUCAUGGCUGCCGCGUGAGAAAGGUGUAUAGUGAAAUUUCAGGUAUGUUAUUGCUCAGCAGUAUGAAUGCAUGUAUAAAGUAUCAGCAGGUGCUUUAUAUCUGCAUAACAAAAAAAUGAGUAGUCUUUGCAAUUGUUACAAUCAUUAUGGUUCAUUUCAAUGUUCUGUCUCAGUACUACCAAGGAACUAUUGUACAGUUUCUACUUCCUUCAACUGUCCUCCAGACCUCCUCAUACUUGCAAUAAAAUCCUAUAUAAUGGG